AUGGGUUUGCAUGGAUUGCGACACCUGGACGAGCUCAAGUUACUGAUUGUGUUUACCUGGUCCCUGGUCGACGAUGCCCAAGAGCCUAUCACGUGGAGAAUCUCAUUCACUCUUUAUGCUGGACAUGCGAGGAGAUCAGACGCAGGAGAAAUCCUUCGGGGCAAUAAGUGGGAUGCUUUAUUUGGUUGA